AUCUUUUGAAAGUGAAAUUAAAUUUUCAAAUAUGAAUUUGUCGGGAAAAAAUGUGGUUUACUUCGGAGGCUUUGGUGGCAUAGGUCAGAAAUGUGUGCAGGAGUUGCUACAGAGAAAAAUAAAGUCCCUGGCAAUAUUUGAUUUAACAGAAAAUAGACAAGUUCUGGAUGAGUGGAAGAGCAAAAAUCCGAACACGGAUAUAUUCUAUCAAAAAGUGGACAUUACCCAGAAGUCGGAUAUUGAGGCGGCGUACAAGGCCACCGUCGAGAGAUUGGGUCACUUCGAUGUGGUGGUCAAUGGCAGUGGACUUAUGAAUGAUCGUCUUAUCGAGUUGACUAUUCAAAUUAAUUUGCUGGGUGUAGUUUACAGUUGCCUGACAGCCUUAGAGUACAUGGACAAGACAAAGGGCGGAAAAGGUGGACUAAUACUGAAUAUAUCCUCGAUAGCUGGAUUGCAGCCUACGUCCACAAUGGCCAUUUAUUCGGCGACCAAGACGGGAGUUACCACCUUUACCAGGGCCUUGGCUCACCCAAGUUAUUAUGACCGCUCGGGCGUGGGAUUUAUAACCGUUUGUCCGGGUUUUACCAAAACUGGCCUAUUGGACGAUAUUGGUAACAAGACGACCUUCGAUUACCAGCCCCCCAUGAUGGCUAGCAAGAUAAAGAAGCAAACGCCAGAGCAAUGUGCCAGGAGCUUGGUACGGGCCAUAGAAACUUAUAAAAAUGGGGCAGUCCUGCUGCUAGAGUUGGGCGAAACCCACGAGGUGAAUAUACCAAGCCAUUGGAAGCCACAGUUUGAAGAUUAA